AGCGGCGCAGCGUCAGGGAACCAUUUCGGAAUCGCAGCGCCACCACACACAGAGAGAGAAUGGGAAUGGGAAUGGGAAUGGAGCGGAGAAUAAUCGCGUCUGCGUUAUAACUACGGCGAAUUCCUACAACUGGAAAGGGAAAGAAAGCACCAAAUCCCGAGUCAUAUAAACCUGUGCAGGAGAAGAGAAUUAAAAAGGCAGCCAUGCGAUGAAACCCAGGGAGCACCGGAGGCGAGAAAACGGGAGGAAAAACAUGGGCGCAGUGCUGCGGAGUCUCUUUUUGUGUACUUUUUGUUUGCAAAUACGCGCCGUGCCCCUCCUCCUGUACGCCAACAGGCGCGACUUGCGGCUGGUGGACGCGGCCCAAGGACGCAGCGCCAACGCCACGGUGGUGGUGAGUGGCCUCGAGGAUGCGGCGGCCGUGGACUUCAUUUACGGCAGCGGUCUGAUCUACUGGAGCGAUGUGAGCGAGGAGGCCAUCAAACGGGCCGUCUUCAACGGCUCCGGCUCCAGCACCCAGAGCACGGUGGUGUCGGGUCUGGCCUCGCCCGACGGUCUGGCGUGCGACUGGUUGGGGAAUAAACUUUACUGGACAGACUCAGAAACGAACCGCAUCGAGGUAGCCGAGCUUAACGGGACGCUCAGGAAAGUUCUUUUCUGGCAGGACCUGGACCAGCCGAGAGCGAUUGCUCUGGAUCCGGGCAGAGGGUACAUGUACUGGACAGACUGGGGGGAAAUCCCUAAGAUUGAGAGGGCAGGUAUGGAUGGGACGCAUCGAGCCGUAAUCAUCGACACCGAGAUCUACUGGCCCAAUGGGCUCACGUUGGACUAUAACCUGCAGAAGCUUUACUGGGCCGACGCCAAAUACAACUUUAUUCAUCGCUCCAAUCUGGAUGGCACAGGGAGAGAGGUGGUGGUGAAGGGUGCUCUACCACACCCCUUUGCCCUAACGCUGUACGAAGACACGCUCUUCUGGACUGACUGGAAUACGCACUCCAUCCACUCGUGCCAGAAGCAGACAGGGGAGGAGCGCCGUGAGAUCCACUCUAACAUCUUCUCGCCCAUGGACAUUCAUGUCUUCAGCCAAAAGAGACAGCUCACGGAAGUGAUGAGUCCGUGCUCUGUGAAAAACGGUGGCUGUUCGCAUUUGUGCCUGCUUUCUCCAGUGAAGCCAUACUACCAGUGUGCCUGUCCCACCGGCGUACAGCUGCUGGAGGACAGCAAGACCUGCCGAGACGGAGCCACAAAGCUGCUUCUCCUGGCGCGGCGCACAGACCUGCGACGCAUCUCACUGGACACGCCUGAUUUCACCGACAUCGUUUUGCAUGCUGAGGACAUCCGGCACGCCAUCGCCAUUGACUAUGACCCCAUAGACGGCCAUGUCUAUUGGACAGACGAUGAAGUGCACGCGAUCCGCCGCUCUCGUUUGGAUGGCAGCGACGCGCAGCUGCUAGUCACUUCACAAGUGAGUCACCCGGAUGGCAUCGCUGUGGACUGGAUUGCGCGCAACCUCUACUGGACUGACACAGGCACCGAUCGCAUCGAAGUGACGCGUCUCAAUGGUACCAUGAGGAAGAUCCUGAUUUCUGAGGACCUGGAUGAGCCUAGAGCUAUUGUCCUGGAUCCUGUCUCAGGAUACAUGUACUGGACCGACUGGGGCGAGAUCCCUAAGAUUGAGCGUGCUACUCUGGAUGGAACCGAGCGAGUUGUGAUGGUGAACACUUCUCUGGGAUGGCCCAACGGCCUAGCGCUCGACUAUGCAGAGAGGAAAAUCUACUGGGGAGAUGCUAAGACUGACAAGAUAGAGAUGAUGAACAUGGAUGGAACUGGUCGUAGGAUCUUGGUUGAGGACAAACUUCCACACAUAUUUGGCUUCACCCUCCUGGGCGACUACGUUUACUGGACGGACUGGCAGCGGCGGAGCAUUGAGCGUGUGCACAAACGCACUGCUGAACGGGAAGUAAUCAUCGACCAACUGCCUGACCUCAUGGGCCUGAAGGCCACCUACGUCCACCAGGCUUUCGGGACAAAUGCAUGCGCCGAGAACAACGGUGGCUGCAGUCACCUGUGCCUGUACAGGCCACAGGGCGUGGCGUGCGCGUGUCCUAUCGGCCUGGAGCUCAUGGGCGACAUGAGCACGUGCAUUGUGCCAGAAGCCUUCCUGCUCUUCUCACGGCACACUGACAUCCGGCGUAUCUCCCUCGAAACCAACAGCAACAACGUAGCCAUUCCGCUCACCGGUGUCAAGGAGGCAUCGGCACUCGACUUCGACGUUACCGACAACCGCAUCUACUGGACUGACAUCACGUUAAAGACCAUCAGCCGUGCAUUCAUGAAUGGCAGUGCCCUGGAGCAUGUGGUCGAGUUUGGUCUGGACUACCCAGAGGGCAUGGCGGUGGACUGGCUAGGCAAGAACCUGUACUGGGCUGACACUGGCACUAACCGCAUUGAGGUGGCAAAGCUGGAUGGCCAGCACAGGCAGGUUCUGGUGUGGAAAGACCUGGACAGUCCACGAGCUUUAGCGCUGGACCCUGCUGAAGGUUUCAUGUACUGGACUGAAUGGGGUGGGAGACCCAAGAUUGACCGUGCAGCCAUGGAUGGUACUGGCCGCAUCACGCUGGUGCCCAACGUGGGUCGUGCUAAUGGGCUCACCAUUGACUACGCUGAGAGACGGCUCUACUGGACCGACCUGGACACCACACUUAUUGAAUCUUCCAACAUGCUUGGGCUCGAGCGUGAGGUGAUCGCAGAUGACUUGCCCCACCCGUUUGGUCUCACGCAAUACCAAGACUACAUUUACUGGACGGACUGGAGCCAGCGCAGCAUCGAGCGUGCUAACAAAACCAGCGGGCAGAACCGCACACUCAUCCAGGGCCAUCUGGACUAUGUCAUGGACAUUCUGGUGUUCCACUCGUCACGUCAGGGAGGCUGGAACGCCUGCGCCUCCACCAACGGCCACUGCUCGCACCUGUGCCUGGCCGUGCCCGUCAGCAGUUAUGUGUGUGGCUGCCCAGCGCAUUACUCUCUCAAUGACGACAACAAGACCUGCAGUGCACCCACCUCUUUCUUACUGUUCAGCCAGAAGUCAGCUAUUAAUCGCAUGGUAAUGGAUGAGCAGCAGAGCCCUGACAUCAUCCUACCCAUUCACAGCCUGCGCAAUGUACGAGCCAUCGACUACGACCCAAUCGACAAGCAGCUCUACUGGAUCGACUCGAAGCAGAAUGUCAUCCGUCGUGCCCAGGAGGAUGGCAAUCAGAGUAUGACCGUGGUGUCCAACACAGUGGGGGGCCACAAUCUGGGCUUGCAGCCAUUUGACCUGAGCAUCGAUAUCUACAGCCGCUUCAUCUACUGGACCAGCGAGGUGACCAACGUAAUUAAUGUGACACGCCUUGACGGCUCUCGCGUUGGAGUGGUGCUCCGUGGAGAGCACGACAAGCCCCGUGCCAUUGUGGUUAACCCUGAGAGAGGGUAUAUGUACUUCACCAACCUACAGGAGCGCUCUCCUAAGAUCGAGCGGGCAGCUCUGGACGGCACUGAGCGAGAAGUGCUGUUCUUCAGUGGCCUGAGCAAACCUGUCGCCCUCGCUAUCGACAACGAGCUGGGCAAACUCUUUUGGGCCGACAUGGACCUGCGUCGCAUCGAGAGCAGUGAUCUGUCUGGCGCCAAUCGGAUUGUGAUUGAGGACUCCAACAUACUGCAGCCAGUAGGCUUGACAGUGUUCGGGAAUCAUCUCUACUGGAUCGAUCGGCAACAGCAGAUGAUUGAGCGCAUUGACAAGACAACACGAGAGGGCCGCACGAAAAUCCAAGCUCGCAUUACAGCACUUACAGACAUCCAUGCAGUCCACGAGCUUCACGUUGACGAAUACAAUAAACAUCCCUGUACCCUAGACAACGGAGGAUGCUCCCACAUCUGUAUAGUGAAAGGAGAUGGUACGACCCGCUGCUCCUGUCCUGUUCACCUGGUUCUUUUGCUAGACGAGCUUUCCUGUGGAGAGCCGCCCACGUGUUCCCCAGAGCAGUUCUCGUGCACCUCAGGAGAGGUGGACUGCAUCCCGCAGGCCUGGCGCUGCGACGGAUAUGUCGAGUGCAAAGAUGAAAGCGAUGAGCACGACUGCCCUGUGUGCUCAGACGACGAGUUUCAGUGCGACAGCAAGCAGUGCGUAGACCUCUCGCUGCGCUGCAACGGAGAGAUCAACUGCCAGGACCGCUCAGACGAGAACAAAUGCGACGUUCAUUGCCCUCAGGAUCAGUUCACAUGUAACAAUGGUCAGUGCAUUGGCAAACACAAGAAGUGCGACCAUAACAUGGACUGCACAGACAACUCUGAUGAAAUUGGCUGCUACCCCACAGACGAGCCUUCCACCCAGCCCACCAACACCAUCGGCUCCAUCGUCGGUGUGGUGAUGACGCUGUUUGUUGUGGGCGCCGUGUACUUUGUGUGCCAGCGUGUCCUGUGCACGCAGAUGAAGGACGAUGGCGAGACCAUGACCAACGAUUUUGUUGUGCACGGGCCAUCCUCUGUGCCACUGGGCUACGUGCCACAUCCUAGCUCCCUGUCCGGCUCUCUUCCAGGCAUGUCUCGUGGGAAAUCUGUGAUUGGCUCAUUGAGCAUUAUGGGUGGAAGCAGUGGACCGCCGUACGAUCGCGCUCAUGUAACGGGUGCUUCUUCCAGCAGCUCAUCCAGCACUAAGGGCACUUACUUUCCUCCUAUCCUGAACCCUCCUCCUUCUCCAGCUACAGUGCGCUCUCAGUACACAAUGGAGUUUGGUUACUCGUCGAACAGUCCCUCCACACACCGCUCAUACAGCUACAGACCAUACAGCUACCGGCACUUUGCUCCUCCAACCACGCCGUGCAGCACAGACGUAUGUGACAGCGACUACACGCCAGGCCGCAGAGCACGGCCCGUCUCCUCCAUCGUCAUGGCCAAGGGCUAUGCAAGUGACGCCAACUACGACUCUGAGCCGUUCCCACCACCACCCACGCCUCGCAGCCAGUACCUGUCGGCUGAGGAGAACUGCGAAAGCUGCCCGCCCUCACCGUACACAGAACGCAGCUACUCGCAGCACCUUUACCCUCCGCCUCCCUCACCCUGCACCGACUCGUCCUGAGCCCCACCAAUCACGUCCCUAACCCCACCCCCACCCCGCCAUCUCGAUCAGUGUAAAUAGCAUUUGUGCAUAGAAUGACUUUUUUAAAAUAAAGAAGAGUGAGUGAUGUGUAUGUUGUUCUGUAAAGAACAAGAAACAGUUUUUAGGGAAAAAGACACUUUGACGUGUAGAGGUGGCGGAUACUUGUAAAAAAAAAAAAAAAAUAAGAAAGAAAAGAAAGCAUAUUUAUAUAUUUUCUAUACAGCGUUUAUUGGUUAUGCCAUAGAGCUUUGUAUUGCUAAAAAAAAAUUUGUACAUUUUUUAAAAGAAGAAAGUUUUAUUAAAUUCACACAGACAUCAUGUUGCCUUAAUCCAAGAGUGUGUAAUCAAGCUACCUGUUAUGAGGCUGAAGCACUCGUGGAAACCGUGGGGAGAGGAUUGCAGGUUGUAAAAUUUUUCUGAUGCCAAAAAAAAAAAAAAAAAAAAAAAAAAAAAACAAGGUGGAGAGAAUGGACGGAGAAGGAGAAUGGAGCCUCCCUGUGGCUCUCACUGGCAUUACACUGGUCAGUUCUGUUCAGUGGGGCCAUUUUGUCUGAAGCUCAACCACUAGAUCUUCUGAUCAGCCAGUCCACCUAGAGCUCUCCUACAAGCUAAAACAAGAACGUGUUGCUUCUGGUGAUCUUUUCCACCUCGUUGUUGCAUUGAAUUUUUGUAAAGCACAACGCGGUUCUACUGGAAAGUGAAAAGCUAACAGAAAUUUAGCAAUAAGAGAAUGACAGAUGGUCAGACAGAUGUGUGGUGCUGCUGAUUUAGUCAUCAGGAUGAAGCAACAGCUUCCUUUUGGCUCCAGUGGCUCUAAAAGUGAGCUCCAGGACAGAUGAGGAAACACCUAUGUAACUCUAUGGUCUUGAGCAAAUAACCAAAAUCUUCACUUUUGCCUCAAAUUAAUUUUUUGUUUGUUUGUUUUGUUUUCAUCCUCCUCUCAUACCUGACUGCAACUGCAGAGAAGUCCCUAGCAGAAGGUCACAACUCAGAGCACGUCUCUCAUACUCUGUCCUUUCUCCCUGCCAUCUCCUCACCAGCCAUCAGCACUGUUUAUUCCUUCUGGGAAUUAUAUAUUAAAAUAUUCAUCACAAACAUUCAGUAUACAAUCAAGGACAAGUUUAUCGUGCCUGAGCAGUUUUUUAGAAAGCUCUUUUUAAUCAUUUUGCAGCUCUCUCUUUUUGUUUUUUUUAGACUACCAGUGCCCAUAAAAUGUCAAAAUAUUUUUGUACCACAUAUUGUAUAGAUACCAUAUUUAUAAGCUAUAAAAGGAAGAAAACUUGUAAAUCUCUCCAUGAUAUCCUUGCAGUGCUUUACCAGUAUGCUUUCAAUAUAUGCUUUGUUCUAUUUUUCUAUAAAAAUGUAUGACAGUGAAAGUACAACGACAAUCCAUGCUGAACAUCAGAAGGCAAAGAACGUCGAUUCACGAGUGUCUGUCCCGUUAGUGUGAAAAGUCCAGUUUUACAGAUACCCUGGUAUUAUUUUAUGCCCAUUAAGUGUGUUGUUAAGCACACAGUCCUGGCAUAGUCAUGGAGUGUUAGUGCAAAGUUUUUUUUUUUCUUUUUCACGCUUAAGGACAGAGAAAUGUCGAUGGAUCAGCUCUGAUGCUCUUAAUACAUAAAAACCUAUGUGUCUUCUUAAAAAAUCUUCAUUUUGUGGCUGAAUGAGAACUUUUUAAGCAUUAUUAUUUGGCCCAUGUUGCUUUUCAUCACUCUUCAUACCAUCAUGAAAAAGUGAGUGUGGUUAAUGGUUUUAUCUGUUACUUUUUCAAAUAAGGGACAUCAGCACAAAUAGUUUACUAUUUUGGAGAGACUGCACACAAGAAGCAUUACACAUGUACAGGUUGUUAUGUAGACAAUCAACAUGUUGCAUCUGCUCUUCUCAGCAGUUCUGUUUAAUAUAGCAUGCAGCAUUGAGGUGGUCUAGCUGCCCUGUCCAAAAUACUCGCUGCCUGCGAUGGCAGGUAAUCUGAUUUCUUUUCUCAUUCAUUUGGCUUUUAUAUUUAACUCUGUACAGUUCUAGUCACGCUGCUGCCUUUUUCCUGUGCCCAGAAUCCACUGCAUCUUCACUGUGAUGAAUCUGAAAUGUUAUCAUGCGGUACAAUCAGAUACAUAUCCGUUUACAUUCUUUAAAAAUUUGUCCUGUUAAGCCCUGGUGGUCUCGCCCUACUCCAAGGGCAAUUGGGUAAUUUCCCUUCUUGGUGUAUCCGUCAUUUGAUUACCAUCCAGUCAAACCAGCAUUGCUGUCAGGCAAUAUUCUCAGACUCCUACUGCACUUUAGGGUACCUCGGCUUAGUUACUGGUACGACAACGAGCAAGUCUGAAACCUGCGUGAAUGUGUGACAAAGUUCUCAAAGAAUCAACAUUUUAUUAGGUGCCAUCGUAGUUUUCAUGGUUGUAGCAAUGUAUCUUUUUUUUUUUUUUUUUUUUUUUUUAAAUCAAACAUUAAGGGGCUACCAAAGGUAUGAAAUCAGGAUCAGGCCUUACCUGAAUUCAUAGGUUUUGAAGCAAAAGAUUUUUUUCUCUGGCCAGCAGAGCUUGUGAUGUCUGAAAAUAAGUCAGAGAGAUGUUGAAGUUUGGAAUCUAAGAUGGAGGGAGAUGUUUUUAAAGGUCUGUGUCAUAUUGAAAUGGUCAAAGAGCUAGCCGCCUCAUGCUGCCAUGGAGGGGUAAAACAUUAAGCACUUUGGCUCCUGCAUGUAGAAUCAUAGCAGAAAGUUGAGAUGGAGAGUGAAGGACAGUGGGGCCUGUUGAUGUAAGACUAUUUUCUCGUUAUCAUUCGUUUCAUUUUUUAAUACCAUGGUGCUUUGCAAGGAUAUAUUCCAAGGUGACCAACAUUUGGUUAGUAAUGAGUCAUGUAUUUCGUUAUUCCACUAACUCGACUAUUUUGUACAUUGAUCGCUUUACAUGUAAACAUUGUAUAAAAUGGACAUGUACAGCCCAUUCAGUAACUACUAUAAGCUGUUGUAACAAAUGAAAUGUUGAUUUUUUUUAAUAAAAAUGAGUGAAGUUUUAA